AUGAAAGUACCAGACACUGAAAAUUGUUGGUACUUGAAUCAGAGCAUGAACCUUGUUGACUGCAGAGACAAAUGCUUGAGAAAUUGUUCUUGUGUUGCUUAUGCAAAUUCGGAUAUUAGAGGUGAAGGGAGUGGUUGUGCUUUGUGGUUUGGUGAUCUUAAUGACUUGAGGAUUCUACCAGAUGCAGGCCAAGAUCUUUAUAUUAGAGUUCCUGCUUCAGAGUUAGAGACAAAAAAUGGAUGCAAGGGCAAGAUACGAAUUGCAGUUGGGGUCACAAUUGGCGUAUUAUAUGGCAUGUUCUUCGUUUCAUGUUUGAUAUGGAAUGGACGAAAAAAGGCCACUCUAAAAGGUAAAGAAUUCUCCUUUCUUUUUUUCUUGUGCAAUAAUUUAGAGACCAAUGCAGAAUUAAUGGAUCAUAUCAAGGAAAAACAAGAGGAAGAUCCAGAGCUUCUAUUGUAUGACCUAUCAGUUAUAGCUUUUUGCACUGAUAACUUUUCAGACAAAAACAAGCUUGGAGAAGGUGGUUUUGGAUCUGUGUUUAAGGGUACAUUGGAAAAUGGACAAAGAAUAGCAGUUAAGAGGCUCUUGACCGGUUAUGGACAAGGGAUCAAAGAAUUUAAGAAUGAAAUUACAUCAAUUGCCAAACUUCAGCAUCGUAAUUGCAUCAAACUGCAAGGAUAUUGCAUUCAGAAUGAAGAGAAAGUACUUAUAUAUGAAUAUAUGCCUAAUAAAAGCCUGGAUGCUUUUAUAUUUGGUACAAAAUCUAGAAUUUAGAUGCAUGUUAAAAUUAAUAUUAGCUGUAAAACUUCUUGCUUUGAAUAUGUGCAAAUUUUGACUUGCAUGUACAUCUUACUAGAUCAAAUGCAAAUAAUGGUUUUGGAUUGGCAUACACGAUUUCAUAUCAUU